AUGGGCCGCAAGUUCUUCGUUGGAGGAAACUUCAAAAUGAAUGGGACGAUCAAGACCAUUACAGAGAUCGUCCACAACCUCUCCACGGCCCAGCUCGACCCCAAUACUGAAGUCGUCAUCGCUCCUCCGAGCUUGUAUCUGCUCCUCGCCCGAGAACAUCUUGCUCCCCACAUCGAAGUCGCAGCCCAGAAUGUCUUUGACAAGCCCAGUGGCGCAUUCACCGGCGAAAUCUCUCCACAACAACUGAAAGACAGCAACAUCACGUGGGUUGUCCUAGGCCAUUCCGAGCGCCGCACUAUCCUCCGGGAGGAGGACGAGUUUGUGGCUGCCAAAACCAAGGCCGCAUUGGAUGCUGGUAUCAACGUCAUCUUGUGCUGUGGAGAGUCUCUUGAGGAGAGAGAAAAGGGCGUCACUGUCGAUGUGGUCACGAGACAAUUGCAAGCAGUGAACAAAGUCAUUGGCAAGGAUGGCUGGAAAAACGUGGUGAUUGCGUAUGAGCCGAUCUGGGCUAUUGGAACAGGCAAAGUUGCUACAACUGAGCAAGCCCAAGAAGUCCAUGCAGCAGUCAGAAAAUGGCUUGCGGACGCCGUUACGCCCGAGGUGGCAGAGUUCACCAGAAUCAUCUAUGGCGGUAGCGUGACCGAGAAGAACUCCCCAGAAUUGGCCAAACAGCCCGACGUCGACGGUUUCUUGGUUGGUGGUGCCAGUUUGAAGCCUGCUUUCGUCGAGAUCAUCAACAGCAACGCCUAG